AUGGUAUCAAGAACAGAUGCUGGUUUUGGGAAGGCAGUGCUGCAGUCACUGUUUAAGCAGCAGGAGUCCUCAGAAAGGGCUAAGAUGCAACUACCACCAUCCAUGUUAUCUCCCAUUUUGGAACUUCAGUUAUUGCUGGCCAGCAUCCACAAUGACCUGCCAAUAGCUGAUAUGAAUCAGUCCUUUGACCACAAAGUUGCAGUGUUUUCUCUUUCUCCUGAUAAUCUGCAUCUCUCACCUCCUGAUGACGACAACUUUCGGGGAGUUGCUGGUUUGAUCCAGACAUUUAAUGUUGAAGCACCAUGCCAGACUGUGGAAGAUUUAACGAAUGGGGUUGUGAUGGCCCAGGUGCUUCAAAAGAUAGAUCCAGCAUACUUUGAUGAUAACUGGUUAAACAGAAUCAAAACAGAAGUAGGAGACAAUUGGAGGCUAAAGAUAAGCAAUCUGAAGAAAAUUUUAAAAGGAAUAUUGGAUUACAAUCAUGAGAUUUUAGGGCAGCAGAUUAAUGACUUUACCCUUCCUGAUGUUAACCUGAUUGGAGAGCACUCAGAUGUUGCAGAGCUUGGAAGAAUGCUUCAGCUCAUUUUGGGAUGUGCUGUGAAUUGUGAGCAGAAGCAAGAGUACAUCCAGACCAUCAUGAUGAUGGAGGAGUCUGUUCAACAUGUUGUCAUGACAGCUAUUCAGGAGUUGAUGAGUAAAGAAUCUCCAGUCUCUGUUGGAAAUGAUGCUUACGUUGACCUUGAUCGUCAGUUGAAGAAAACUACAGAAGAAUUAAAUGAAGCUUUAGCAACAAAAGAAGAAAUUGCUCAGAGGUGCCAUGAAUUAGAUAUGCAGGUUGCAGCACUUCAAGAGGAGAAAAGUAGUUUACUAGCUGAGAACCAGAUCCUGAUGGAACGUUUGAACCAAUCUGAUUCUAUAGAAGAUCCUAACAGCCCUGCAGGGCGUAGGCACCUGCAACUGCAGACACAGUUAGAACAGCUCCAGGAGGAAACAUUUAGGCUAGAGGCAGCCAAAGAUGAUUAUCGAAUACGUUGUGAAGAGCUGGAAAAAGAAAUUGCAGAAUUGCGACAGCAGAAUGAAGAGCUAACCACUUUAGCAGAAGAAGCUCAGUCUUUGAAGGAUGAGAUGGAUGUACUUAGGCAUUCCUCUGAUAAAGUGGCUAAGUUAGAAAGCCAGGUAGAGUCAUACAAAAAGAAGCUGGAAGAUCUUGGUGAUCUGCGGCGGCAAGUGAAACUCUUAGAGGAGAAGAACACUAUGUAUAUGCAAAACACUGUAAGCUUGGAGGAAGAACUAAGGAAAGCCAAUGCAGCGCGUAGCCAGCUGGAAACAUACAAGAGACAGGUAGUUGAACUACAAAACAGAUUAUCUGAAGAAUCAAAGAAAGCAGAUAAAUUAGAAUUUGAAUACAAACUGCUGAAAGAAAAAGUAGACAGCCUCCAAAAAGAAAAAGAUAGGUUAAGAACGGAAAGAGAUUCCCUAAAAGAAACUAUCGAAGAGCUUCGAUGUGUACAAGCACAAGAAGGGCAGCUCACCACUUCAGGAUUGAUGCCACUGGGAAGCCAGGAGUCUUCAGACAGUCUAGCAGCAGAAAUUGUUACUCCUGAAAUCAAGGAGAAACUCAUUCGUCUUCAGCAUGAGAACAAGAUGCUGAAGCUUAACCAAGAAGGUUCCGACAAUGAAAAGAUUGCCUUGUUGCAGAGCCUGCUAGAUGAUGCAAAUCUACGGAAGAAUGAACUGGAGACAGAGAACAGGCUGGUAAAUCAGAGACUUCUGGAGGUGCAGUCACAGGUUGAAGAAUUGCAGAAAUCUUUGCAGGAGCAAGGUUCAAAAGCUGAAGAUGCUAUUUCAGUUCUUCUGAAAAAGAAGCUUGAAGAACAUCUGGAGAAGCUGCAUGAGGCUAACAAUGAAAUACAGAGGAAACGAGCUAUUAUUGAAGAUUUGGAACCAAGAUAUAACAACAGUUCACUCAAAAUUGAAGAAUUGCAAGAAGCUUUACGGAAAAAAGAGGAAGAAAUGAAGCAAAUGGAGGAACGAUACAAAAAGUACUUGGAAAAGGCCAAGAGUGUUAUCCGUACUUUAGAUCCUAAACAAAACCAGGGCACAGCUCCUGAGAUUCAGGCUCUGAAAAAUCAACUGCAGGAACGGGACCGAAUGUUUCAUUCAUUAGAGAAAGAAUAUGAGAAAACAAAGACUCAAAGAGAGAUGGAGGAGAAAUUUAUUGUGAGUGCCUGGUACAAUAUGGGAAUGACUCUGCAUAAAAAAGCAGCAGAAGAUAGACUGGCUAGUACAGGCUCCGGACAGUCCUUCCUGGCUAGACAAAGGCAAGCCACCAGCACAAGGAGAUCUUACCCUGGUCAUGUCCAACCAGCUACAGCAAGGUAGAGAAGCCUGGCCUUUAGAAAGGAAUCAGCCCUGUGAUCCAGGCAUACUUUGUUCCACAUGACGUUUCAGGAAAUGCAACUAGCAUCCUUUCUCUAUCUUUAUUCCUUGUUA